AAAAUAACAGCUAUAAAUUGUCUAAAUCAAAUGAUGAAGCCAGCUAUCGUUCUUAGGGGAAUUUCAAUGAUGCAUCUAAGAUGUUUCUCUUUGAGUCUUCAAUCUUCAGAUAAAAUUCCAACUGUUGCUGCAAAAGAGCCUUUUUUGUCAUCUGUCGUCCAAGGAAAACGUUACUCAUGGUGUUCUUGCGGGCUUAGUUCAAAACAGCCAUUUUGCGAUGGAAGUCAUAGAAAAACGGAACUGCGUCCAGUUCGAUUCAAAGCUGAAGAGACUAGCGAUGUAUACCUUUGCGGUUGUAAACAAACAAGCACUGCCCCAUAUUGUGAUGGAACACAUAUAAGUGAAAAUGUUCAGAAAUGCAAAAUUGGUGAAAAACUUAGUUAGUUUGAAUUUUCUUAUUACUUUUUUUAUGCACCUAGGUUAGAUAAUUAUCAAAUUUAUAUAGCAGUCAAACCUUUGCAGCUUGGGUUUUGUUGAAUUCAGUAAGAAUUUAACGAGACCUCGAUAAACGGUGUACGUUUCUUGUUCUCUUUAGCUUUCUCCCCGUUUAUACUUAGGAGCGUAGAUAAGUUAAACCCUCGUUGUAGAAAGUUGCUUUCUCCCCUCGUAUAACAAGGUCCUGCUUUUUUCCCCUCGUAUAACAAGGUCCUGCUUUUUCCCCUCGUAUAACAAGGUCCUGCUUUUAAUAGGUUCCUGCUUUUAAUAGGGUCCUGUAUGUACUGUGUAUUUACAUGUUGACAAGUUUCAUUUCCAGCUCAUUGACUUGCAGAUUUGCUAAAGAAACUCUAUAUCGUUUUCUGAUUUUUGUUAGAAAUGUAGUAGCGUGAUUAUUGAAUUGUAUUGUAUAUAAAUAUAUAUAUUUGGUAAUUUCAUCUGUUAUUGUGAUACAACACUGGUGAUAAUUUAGCAAAUCGAAAAA